AUGAUCGCAACCUCCAGCCCGGCGAGGGGGCCGGCGGACCUUGCGGAAGACCUGGACGACCUUGAACAGUUACCUAAGGCAUAUAUUGCCAUCAUCAUACAGCAGGCUCUGCGACGAACCCGCGCCGCGGGGGACGAGCUGAGGAAUGGGUUGGGGACGAUCGAAUCAUCGUCGACCGGACUGGGGGAGAGGGGGGCAAAGUGGAAUGCGGAUCUGGCAAUAGCAGCGUUUCUCAAGCGGCCAGAGGAUGCAGUGGAGAGGUUGGCUGAACAAUGUCAAUGUUCGUACGAAUACACGCGGUGGAGAAAAGACGCGGAUUGCCCCGAUCGCGCCGAGGGGAGCGGCUCGGCGCACGCUGCAACAAGAGCUGCAGUUGCCAGCCCAUGGCAAGUACCGUAUACGAGGGACUACCCCGGGGUGCACGAGGAAGGUCGAAUCAGCCUUGGGGAAACACGGCAAACGUUGAAGCCGACGCUUAGGCGCACGCCCCGUGUCCCCAUCGGUGGUCACCCCAACGGCAAAGGCGAAUGA